GAAGCGAAGCCGAGGGUGGGACCGAUGCAUGAUGGACAGCCUCACGGGCCAUCCCUUCUAGGGAUCCCUGAAGGAAGGCAGAUGUAGCCAAUGGACGCGCCCCGGGCCGGACCUCCACUGCAGCCAUUGGGAGCCUGGGAGGCAGGGCCUACCCCGGCCUGGCCGCGCUGUCGCCGCCUCCCGCUCACACAGCGGUAACCCCGCGACUGCCUGGAGUGGCUGGUGCGUUCGCCCUGGGGAGUGGGUCGGGGAGGGGGAGCCACAGCCAGAACCGGACCAGGAAUUACUUUCUGGCCAGUCUGGUGACGCUUUGGCAGAAAUUAAGAAGGAAAAUAUCCCCCUUAAGAGUAAUUUAACCCUGCUUUUCUGUUUCAUACAUUGAGUGCAGUAGUACAAUGUUGUUCUGUGUGAUUUAUCUUUCUGUUAUCUUGAAGGCAAAAAGCUAAUUGCUUGGAUGGACCCUGUCACCAGAGCCCUGCCAGGCAAACACCUGGGCAAGUACCACUGAUAUUCUCUAAAGUUCCAAAAUAGGACUUAAAGGUUGUUGUUGUUGUUUUUUGUCAUAGACACAUGUUCAGUGGGAGAAUUGGACUUGACUGAACAGACUUCUGUGUUAUUAGGGAGUAAAGCCAUGGCAACUAGUCUCACGGACGUAGGAAAUUCAUUUGGUCAUCCAACUAGUACUUUAGUUAAUAGAUCGAGAAACUCAUCGGUGCAAGACAAUGAUGAUGAUGUUGUGUUUAUUGAAUCUAUACAUCCUCCUUCAACUUCUUCAGCAAUAGUUGAUCAAAAAAAUUUUAUAUUUGCUUCAUCAAGAAAUGAAAAACUACAAGGAAAUGAUUCCCUAAUUCCUUCCUCAAGAGAUUUGGCUUCUCAAAAGGGAUAUAUAAGUGAGACUAUUAUUAUUGAUGAUGAAGAGGACAUAGAAACAAAUGGAGGGGGAAAAAAUUCUUUCAGUUUUAUUGAAUUGGGACUUCCAGGAACUAAAAACAGAACCAAAGAUGUGGACUUCUCCACUUCCAGUCUUUCAAGAAGAAAGUUUUUCAUACAAAGCUAUGAUAACCAAUCAGGGAUAUCAGAAGAUAAGACCAAAUUACAGAAUAACAAGAUAAAAAAAGCAGACAAUAGAGAUUCUUGGAUCUCCCAGUCAGCAUCAUUUCCGCGUAAUCAGAAACAGCCAGGGGUGGAUUCUUUAUCACCAGUGGGCUCACUUCCUAAACAGAUUUGCCAGUCUUCAGCCAAACAGCAACUUACUAAACCAGCUAAAAUCACUUGUGCACACUGCAAAAAACCUUUACAGAAGGGACAAACAGCUUAUCAACGAAAAGGAUCUGCUCACCUCUUUUGUUCUACCACCUGCCUUUCCUCCUUCUCUCAUAAGCAUACUCCAAAGAAACACAAUGUAAUGUGUAAAAAAGAUGUACCUGCAAAAAGGGCUACUGUCGUUCCUCAAGUGCAGUCAAGCCAGCCCUUCCAGGAAUUCUGCAGUACAUACCGUGUGUCUCCCUACGAAGACAACCAGAGUCUCAGAAAAAGAAUUUCAAAUAAAUCAAGAUGUACAAUCUGUAAUAAACUAACAGAGAUUCGCCAUGAAGUCAGCGUUAAUAAUGUGACACACAAACUGUGCAGUAACCACUGCUUUAACAAGUACAGGUUGACUAAUGGUCUGAUAAUGAAUUGCUGUGAACAUUGUGGAGAGUACCUGCCUAGCAAAGGUUCUGGAAGCAUUGUCCUGGUGAUUGAUGGCCAAGAGGUGACAUUCUGCUGCCAAAGUUGUGCUAAUGAAUAUAAACAGAUGUUGGAAGCAAAAUCAAAGAAAAUAUCCAUAUCAGAAAACAGAAAAAGAAAUGCUAUUAGAGAAGAAAAUGAAGGGAAAUUAUAUGGAUCAUUGAAUACACUUUUGAAAAAAAUAGAGGGAAUACCAAGAAAAAAGGAAAAGACCUCAGAGCCACAGGUAUCAGCAGAGUGCAAGAUAGAUGCAUCACUAACCAAACCGGAUAUGAAUUUACCUGCUUCUGUGUCCAUCAUAGAUGAUACAUUUCAAGAGCAACUGGAAGAUAAAAAAUCUGAAGACUCCACUCAAGCAGUUGUGCUUUCUGCAGAUCCAGGCACAUGGCCCCGAUUUUUAAAUAUUAAACAACGGGACUUUCUUAUAGAAAAUGAUCCCCCUCAAGUAAGAAAUUUUAACUUUCCAAAAGACAAUACAGGGAGGAAGUUUUCAGAAACUUAUUAUACACGAAUUCUUCCAAAUGGUGAAAAAACCCCUAGAUCCUGGUUGCUUUAUUCAACCUCAAAAGAUUCUGUGUUUUGUCUACAUUGCAAAGUCUUUGAGGGAGGAAAAAAUCAAUUGAAGAAUGAGAAUGGGUGCAAAGAUUGGCAGCACUUAUCACACAUUCUUAGUAAACACGAAGAAAGUGAAACACACAUCAACAAUAGUUUUAAGUAUUCAAAAUUAAAAUCUGAUAUGAAAAAAAACAAAACUAUUGAAACUGUAGAACACAGAGAACAUGAGAAUGAGACCAAUGAGAGUGUGCUGUUGCUGUACACAUGAUAUACCUGAUAGGAUCUUAUGUUCACUCACAGGAGAUCUGUACCUCACAGUCAAUACUAUUGUGUUCUAAGGCUCCUACAGAGAGUAACUCAAUAGUCCAUUUGCAAUAAGCAUAAUGGCAAAGAAAUAGUAAAGAAUGUUUGUUUUCCAAAUUCUAAAGGUAUUUUGAUUCAAUAGGAAUUAAUGCAGGUUUCAGUAAACGCAGUUGUUAAUUUUUUCAAUCUAUCCACACGUUUUUAAAAUGGCAUUUGAUAGGUUUGGUUAAUUUUCUAUUCUAAGUAGAAAGCACAGAAAGAGGUAGAAAAUAACUUUAUCAAUACCAGUUUGAACAACAUACUUAUGUGAACAAGUGUUCUCAUCAUUAUUAUUAAAGUAAAAACAUUCAGCAGCAGUCUAAAAAUAGAGUCGGAUAUGAAACUACAGAGUUUUGCUAUUAAACCAAAUACUUGUGAUUUAUUUCUUUUGUGUAAAACAUCCUUUUAUUUUAGGAAAAUAGCAUUUUUCGUUAAAUAAAUGUUUAAGGUGGUUAAUUUGCAUUUUUUUGGUUUUUUAAUUUGUAAAUAUUUUAGCUUUUAUUGUUUUGUGAGAACUAUAAGCAUAAAGUUCCUAUUUUUAUGUUGGUAUACAUAUAAGAAAUAUGCAAAUAAAAAUAUAUUAAGUUAA